UUUCUUCCCCCUCUCGACCUCAUCUCGGCUCCUCGUCCACUCUAAUCUCGUCGCCUAAAUUGUGGUCAUUCAUAGCGUGACCCUGGCCAAGUGUUCCACUCUCAGCGACUGGAGCUUUCCCCAGAUUUUCCUUGAUCGGCCUUAAUAUCUUGUUUUCAUCAUUAUAUCCUCAAUUGUCCUGGGCUGGUAGCCCGUCUCCACGCGUUGACGUCGCCUGGCGCCAUUAUGGGAUGGGCGCCCCUCGACUGGUCGCGGUGGACUACUAAUCCUUUCUACGCCUUGGUCAUUCUCAUCGUCGCAUGUGGAAGCAUUCCCAAAGGCUACGAUGAGGGCGGCUUCAGUGCCAGCACCAAGCUCGAGUCAUUUCAAAACGACUACAAUCUGGUACGGUCUCACUGGGAACAUGAUGCUGCUGGAUUGGCCAACCGCAAAGCCAACAUUACGUCUUUCAAUGUGCUAGGAGCAGCUUUUGGCGCCUUGUUCUCUCUGGAUUUGAACGACCGCCUCGGCCGAUUGCCCGCCUGGCGUUUGGCUUGUCUGGUCUGGGCAUCGGGCCUGUUUAUUCAGAUCUUCUCAUCGGGGAUUUAUGGACUGUUGCUCUUCGCCAGAAUAUGGGGUGGUCUCGGAGCGGGCGCAUUGACAGUGGUCGCUCCGUUGUACCUGUCGGAAAUUGCUCCUGCGAAGACCAGAGGCUUGGUCGUGAGUACUUUCAUGGUCAUUUUACUACUUAUUCUAGCCAUGGGCUUCUUCAUCAAUUAUGGCGCUACAUUGCACAUGGCUGCCACCCGCACGCAAUACCAAUUAGUGCAGUCUAUCCCGCUGAUACCUGUUGGUAUCGCCUUUUUCGCCUCCUUCAUGGUUCCAGAAACACCCCGCUACCUAAUAUCAAAGCGACGCUAUCAAGAAGGACGUAUCGUCUUGGCUCGUCUUCGUGGCAAGCAUAUCACCGAUCCUGGUGUGGAAGAUGAAUUUAAUGCCAUCAAUGCUCAAGUGCGAGAAAAGGCAGCAGAUUUGAAAUCGGUCACACAUUGGCAAGCAUUCAAAGAAUCUCAGAUCAAUCCCAACUAUCGCCAGCGAUUCUGGCUUCUAAUGAUCAUCCAAACGAUAGCGCAAUGGACCGGAGGUAACGGAAUCACCUACUAUAUUGCCACUAUUUUCCAGUAUGCUGGCGUCACUGGGAAUGCUAAUUCUCUGAUAUCUUCUGGCAUUUAUGGAAUCAUCAAACUUGUCUUCACCAUGGCUUUUACCUGGGGCUUGAUUGAUUACCUGGGUCGCCGCCGCUGCACCUUGGCUGGGCUAACCCUCCAACUGGUUGCCCACGUAUACAUGGGUAUCUACAUGGGUCUCCGACCCGGUUCGAGCCACAAUCAGUCGGCCUCCAAUGCUGCUAUUGCCUCCGUUUUUGUCUAUGCCAUUGGCUGGUCCAUCGGCCUUUGCACUGUUCCCUAUCUCUACGGAGCGGAAAUCUUCCCCACCCGCAUACGUAAUGUUUGUUACGCUCUGAGCAUGACGCUGCAUUGGUUCUUUCAGUUUGCCGUCGUGCGGGUCACGCCGAAUAUGUUUGUCUCCUUGCAUAUUUGGGGUGCUUACCUCUUUUGGUCCAUCAUUUGCUUUUCGGGACUCAUCAUCCUUGGUGUAUUGAUGCCGGAGACUAAAGGCGUUCCCAUGGAGCGCAUGGGGGACCUCUUUGACUACCCGUGGUACUUACGCUGGCGUGCCAAACCGAAAGAUGUCCCAAUCGCUUCGUCCUCUGCGGCUGAUACUGGCUCUUAUACCGCUCUCCCGGGUCAUUCUGACCAUAAACAUGCUGACUCCAAGGAUCGACAUUGCCAACCUUGAGUCAAAUGAAAGGGAAACGCCCUUCGCCAAUCAAUCUAGAAGUUAAAUUUUCAUGUGUUGUGGGAGUAUUUGCUUCUCAAAAGCUUCCCUCUCAUCCCUUGUCUACGAAGUAACAAUCUACACCACCA